AUGCUGCAGAUUGGGCGCACGCACGGCAGUCUGGCCCGUAGCCAGGUCGAGGGCAGCAUCGCCUUCUAUGCCAUGCUCUUCAAGGAAACGGCCAAGCUCGACUGGCCGCAGGUGCGCUCGACGGCGCUCGAGUUCGAAGCAAUGGUGCUCCGCAAAUGGCCGGCCUAUCUCGAGGAAAUGCGCGGCAUCGCGGACGGGGCGGGGGUCGAGCUGGCCGACGUGCUCGCGCUGAACGUGCGCACCGAGAUCGCCUUCGGGCUGUUCACUGACGGCUGCACCAUGCUGGCCUGGCACUCGCCCCAAACCGCCAUCAUCGCCCAGAACUGGGACUGGCGGCCCGAGCAGCGCCCCAACCUGAUCGCCCUCAGCAUCGCGGCCAACGCCGCCAGCAGCCUGCCCGCCAUCAAGAUGGUCACCGAGGCGGGCAUCAUCGGCAAGAUCGGCAUCAACAGCGCAGGCGUGGGCUGCACGCUCAACGCCAUCCGCGCCGUGGGCAUGGACCCAACGCGCAUGCCGUGCCACCUCGCGCUGCGCUGCGUGCUCGAGUCGCCGUCACGCGACCAGGCGGUGCAGGCGCUGGACCGGCACGGCGUGGCGUCGUCGUGCACCAUCAGCGUUGCGGAUGCCGACUCGCCCGCCGUCUGCCUCGAGUGGAGCGCGACCGACGUGCAGAAGCUGUUCGCCGCAGAAGAGGGAGCAGCCCAGCCGCGCCGCAUCUACCACAGCAACCACUACCUCGUCGACCACCCCGCCGUCAAGGACACGGUCUACCUGCCCGACAGCAUCCCGCGCGUGCGCCGCAUCCGCCAGCUGAGCGAGGCCCUGCCCGGCGCCGACGCGUCGGUCGAAGAGGUGCGCGGCCUCUUCAAGGACGAGCAAGGCUUCCCCACGAGCAUCAACCGCAAGGCCGUCGCCGCAAAGGCGUCCGAGUCGCUGUUCAACAUCGUCUGCGACCUCAAGGCCAGGAAGGCCCAUGUCACCGAAGGCCGCCCGACCGAGGCGGGAGAGAGCUUCACCAUGGAGCUUUGA